AUGUACACUGUUAGAGAAUCUUUGGCACGAGUGGUGUACACUGGUAGGCUUCACAGUACACAGUGUAAUGAGAUGGUUCCUGAAACUGGGGAUAGCACCAAAUCAGCUGAAGAAUUUGUACAAGAGGAAAAAGUGAAGGAGGACCUAUGCAAAGCUAAUGUUUCUGAUGAAGGUGACAGAACAACUCUAAAAAAGAAAGGAAACCUGCGUCAAAGGAAGAUCGCUUGUGGUGAUGGAGCUGCAGGAGGAGCAGGUGGUACCAUGCUCCAAUUCUACACUGAUGAUUCCCCUGGACUCAAGAUAUCCCCCAAUGUUGUGGUUGUGAUGAGUAUUGGCUUCAUAGCCUUUGUCACAAUCCUUCACGUCAUGGGUAAGCUCUACUUUGUCCGCGGAGAGGCCUAG